GCCGCGAUUUUUGCGGUGUCUCGAUCGCUGAGGUUCUAGAAAUUUUUACUCUAAAGCCUGCUUGUAUAUAAACAUCCUCGAACCCACACACUCCUCCCCCCCGAGUACACAGCAAACUUCCUCUUUCCCUUCCUCAAAGCCAUUCCUUGUCGCCGAAAUGAAGGCCUCAGAUAUCAUCUACUAUAUGCUGCAUCCAGAUGAGUUUCGAUCAAUAUGUCAAUGGAAAGUGUGGCAUAAUCCUGUGCAUGAGAGAAGAGAAUCGCGGGAAUCCGAGUCCCUGAAGAAAUGUUUCUUCUACCUUGAAAAGACCUCUCGCAGCUUCUCUGCUGUCAUCCAAGAGUUACACCCAGAUCUCCUCGUCCCCGUCUGCCUUUUCUACCUCAUCCUGCGCGGACUUGACACCAUUGAAGAUGACACGUCGAUUUCUGCAAAGACCAAAGAGCCUUUGCUUCGGGAUUUUUAUAAUAACCUCGAAGUUGAUGGCUGGCAUUUCGACGGCAACAGACCAGAAGAGAAGGACCGGGAGCUGCUCGUCAAUUUUGAUUGUGUCAUCCAAGAGUUCAAACAGAUACCCGCGGCGUACAAAGAGAUCAUCAUCGACAUCACCAACAAGAUGGGCAACGGAAUGGCGGAUUAUUGUCUGAAUGCCGAGUUCAAUGAGCACGGGGUCAACACGAUAGAGGACUAUGACAUGUACUGCUACUACGUGGCGGGGCUGGUGGGCGAUGGUCUGACGAGGAUGUUUGUUGAGAGCAAGUUUGGAAACCCGGCAUUGCUCGAAAGAGAGUCGCUUCACCGGUCCAUGGGAUUGUUCUUGCAAAAGGUCAACAUUAUCCGUGACAUCAAGGAGGACUUUGACGACCAUCGCAAGUUUUGGCCCAAGGAGAUCUGGUCGAGGCACGUGGACAACUUUGAGGACCUCUUCAAACCGGAAAACAAGGAGAAGGCUCUGAACUGCAGCUCUGACAUGGUGUUGAAUGCUCUGGACCAUGCCGAUGAAUGCCUGUUUUACCUUGCUGGACUACGGGAGCAGAGCGUUUUCAACUUCUGCGCCAUUCCCCAGUCCAUGGCAAUUGCCACUUUGGACCUGUGCUUCAGGAACCCUGCCAUGUUUGAACGUAACAUCAAAAUCUCAAAGGGCCAAGCAUGCGGCUUGAUGAUCCAGUCAACUCAAAACUUGCGGUUGGUGACUGAAGUGUUCCGAAAGCAUAUCCAUUCGAUUCGAAAGAAGAAUCGACCGGAAGAUCCCAAUUACCUGAAAAUCAGCAUCGCGAUUGGCAAAAUCGAGCAAUUUAUUGAAUCCAUCUUCCCAUCGCAGGAGAAGGAAGAUUUGGUGCGUAAGGCCAAGAUGGAAGAAUCACGUGCUGCCCUCGCCGCGCGUGUGCGGACCCCAGAGGAAACUGCGGCCGAGAGAAAGGACACGUUCAUUCUCAUCGGCGUGGUGUUUGUCAUUCUCUUCAUCCUUACAGGUAGCAUGGUAUUGGUUGCAUGGUUGGCCGGAGCUCGGUUCGAUCUGGCAUUCGAGGAGGUCAAAAAGACUGCCAACCAAGUGCUUAGUGGGAAGUUCCUCACUGGCGUCAAGUCCAAUGGCACCGUGCCGGAUGGCAGCACACAUGGAGAGUUGUAGUCGACCUUAUUAAUCAGAUCACAGGUGCGGCUAUCUGGUCGCGGGAAUACGGGCCAAUGGCCUGAUGUGCAUACUGUAUGUGUACAGUUUUAAUCUCAAUGAUUUUUUUGCUGUGAGAUCCCAAUCAGUUGAGGUGAAGUUGAAUGGCAAAGGUACAUUGCGGUGCCCUCGUGCGUGAGGCUUUGCAGACAACAAAUGGACGGCUUGCCAAAGUUGAAGCCCACCCCGGAUUUAUCAAUAUCGUGAACAGUUGAUUCAGCACGGAUGUCAAAUUGCAACUCAGUUCUUUUCCGUGACUGUUGUUGUGCCGAAGAUGUGCUUAAAACGAGAAAGUUUCUUUCAUUGCUCGAAACUCGAGAUCAGCAGGCCGGAGAUCAUUCUCUGAUGUGCUCGUCACUCUUGUGGAGCGUACAAUCCGCAGACCAAACCGACGGAGUCCUUAGCAUGCUGUGCUUGGCUCAGUGGAGCUUUGUGCGGGAGAAGGCACUCUGAGAGAAGUAUCUUUAAAGCACUUGGGAUUCUCCUCUCUUCUCCCGGCGCGCCCACAUAUACUGCAGCUGCAGCACAGGGAAGGCAGUUAGGUUCGACUAAAGCCCAGUCACCUGCAGGAAGGUACCUAGUACAGUGUCUAUGAGUAGACGAAAGGCAAUGCAGCUCGGAGGCAAGGCACGCAGAUGCACGCAGGCACAGCAUGUCAGUCAUCCGAGCCAUGCAACUGCCAUUUCUAUUUCUCCUUGCUCCCGUACAUACCCGUUCUCGUUUUUCCACGCUCUCUAACAGGACAUGUGAAAUUCGUUCAACCACCCCUCUCACGGUAAAGCCACUCGAAGGUGACUAGGAUGACUUGGAUAGCACUGAUGGGUAAGUGUUUGGGCUUAAUCUCACGACCAAUGGUACCCAUCCGAAGUGCCCAGCGU